AUGUGCCUAACAUCAAACCGUCAAAAUAAAUUUGAAAUUAUUUCCGAGCAUGCUAAAUACUAGGGCUUGUCACUUUCUACGUUCUUUUCGUUUUCUGCCCCCCAAAGAGUAAGUUUUGUAAAUUUUUAUAAAUUAAGAGUUUAUUCUUGCAAAAUAAUAGUUUAGUUAACUUAAAUAUGUAGAUUCGAUUUUUUAUAUUAUGUUUUAACAGCAUAACAUCAAGUUUACUCAAAAUAUCUAUGAAAAAAUGAGGAAAAAUGACUUAAAAAUAUUUUCUCGUGCUAAUACACGCGGUUCAAAAUUGAACUAGUUAAAGUAAUUUAAAAUAGGUUUAUUAUUCUUGCAAGUGUAAAAAUCACAUUAAUUAACAUAAAAUGAUUAUAAAUGAGUGCCAUACUGAAUGCAUUUAAAGAUGAAUACUUUCUAUGAUUACAAACAUUUUUAAAAUUCAUAUAACCAAAAGAUCCAGUGAUCAUAAAAUAAUGAAAUUUUUAUUUGUUCUUUUAGGAAAAUGGCAACAUCGUCUCAUCUUAACUGGUUGAUCGUUCGCGAUCACAAUGCUUUUAUGCUUAAACAGCGUAAUAUUCCUAAACCAUUCAGCAAGGAACAAAACAACCUUAUGAAUGUAAGCACAUUCCGUUACAGUGGAAUUGUACAUCCACACACAAUCGGAAUAACUCCUUCAGUCGAUAAGAAAGGAGUCAUUUUCGCAUACAAAAAAGCUAAGAAAAUGUAUAAACCAGCUGAAAGCACUGGAAGAAUUACCUUUAAAUCAGGACAAAAACGUACUUUGAAGAAAGUAAAGAAUGUCAUUCAAUCAAAGAAAUACCGUCGUGAUUUACAGCAAGCUGCAUUGAAACGUGUGAGCGCUAUCUAUCGUUCUCAAAAGACGAAACCAGCCAAGAAGAAGGGAGCUGCAAAGAAGACCGAGUAAUUUAAAUGUAAUUCUGUGCUCUAAUGUUUUUUGAACAAUAAAACAUCAUCUUUAAAAAAACUGAUA